UGACAGAAUUCUUAUUUCCAAGGUCUUGAGCUCGAGAAGAAAAGCACACUUUUGACGUUCCAGAAGAUUACGUUCUAUUUGCGGAUACAUGUAACAGAUUCUAGUUCUACAUCGAUCUGUCAAUCUACCUGACAGAAAUCUCCCCAGACUUGACAACCAUUCCGAACUGGCAACAGUGGCUGUCACUUGCGUGGCGAGUUGUCAUCUUGCACGUUCUCGUUCCUUUUCAAUCGAGUACGCCAUUGUUGGCGUAACGUUGUUUUUGUCUACGAUAAGAAAAUCUAAAAACAUCCAAAAUGCAGGUGAACUUUACGGUAGACGAAAUCCGUGCCAUGAUGGACAAAAAGAAGAACAUCCGUAACAUGUCCGUCAUCGCGCACGUAGAUCAUGGAAAAUCGACUCUGACGGAUUCCCUUGUAUCUAAAGCUGGUAUUAUUGCCGGUGCGAAAGCUGGAGAAACGCGUUUCACCGACACUAGGAAAGAUGAACAGGAACGUUGUAUCACCAUCAAAUCAACUGCCAUAUCUAUGUUCUUCGAGCUUCAAGACAAAGAUCUUGUCUUCAUCACAAACCCCGACCAGCGUGAGAAGGACGAGAAAGGUUUCUUGAUCAACCUUAUCGACUCCCCUGGACACGUUGACUUCUCAUCCGAGGUGACUGCCGCACUUCGUGUCACUGAUGGAGCUCUUGUUGUCGUUGAUUGUGUAUCUGGUGUAUGUGUCCAGACUGAAACUGUACUGCGUCAGGCUAUCGCUGAGAGAAUUAAGCCCAUUUUGUUCAUGAACAAGAUGGACCGUGCUCUGUUAGAAUUGCAGCUGGAUGCCGAGGAGCUCUUCCAAACGUUCCAGCGUAUUGUGGAGAACGUGAACGUAAUCAUCGCCACUUACAACGAUGAUUCCGGUCCUAUGGGAGAAGUUAGGGUUGAUCCCAGCAAAGGUUCAGUAGGUUUUGGAUCCGGUCUCCACGGAUGGGCAUUCACCCUGAAACAAUUCGCUGAGAUGUACGCUGACAAAUUCAAGAUUGACGUAGUCAAGCUAAUGAACAGAUUGUGGGGUGAGAACUUCUUUAACCCCAAGACCAAGAAGUGGUCCAAACAAAAGGAUGAUGAUAACAAGAGAUCAUUCUGCAUGUACAUCCUGGAUCCUAUCUACAAGAUUUUCGAUUCCAUCAUGAACUACAAGAAAGAAGAGUAUGAAUCACUGUUGCCCAAGUUGGGCAUUAUUCUGAAGCAUGAAGAUAAGGAUAAGGACGGCAAGCAACUUUUGAAGGUUGUCAUGAGAACCUGGCUGCCAGCUGGAGAGGCUCUGCUUCAGAUGAUUGCCAUCCACUUGCCAUCACCUGUUGUUGCCCAAAAAUACAGGAUGGAGAUGCUUUACGAAGGACCCCUAGACGACGAGGCGGCGGUCGGUAUCAAGAACUGCGAUGCCAACGCCCCGUUGAUGAUGUACGUCUCGAAAAUGGUACCCACCUCCGACAAGGGUAGAUUCUACGCUUUCGGACGUGUGUUCUCCGGAAAAGUCGCCACCGGAAUGAAGGCUCGCAUCAUGGGACCCAACUACACCCCCGGCAAAAAGGAGGAUUUGUACGAGAAGGCUAUCCAGAGGACCAUUCUUAUGAUGGGAAGAUACGUUGAAGCCAUUGAGGACGUGCCAUCCGGUAAUAUCUGCGGUCUUGUCGGUGUAGAUCAGUUCUUGGUGAAAACCGGCACCAUCACCACCUUCAAGGAUGCCCACAACUUGAAGGUCAUGAAGUUCAGCGUGUCUCCUGUGGUCAGAGUCGCUGUCGAACCCAAGAAUCCCGCCGAUUUGCCCAAACUUGUAGAAGGUUUGAAACGUUUGACGAAAUCCGAUCCUAUGGUGCAAUGCAUCAUCGAGGAGUCCGGCGAACACAUCAUCGCCGGCGCUGGCGAGUUGCAUUUGGAAAUUUGCCUGAAGGAUCUGGAAGAGGACCACGCUUGCAUUCCCAUCAAGAAAUCUGACCCUGUCGUGUCGUAUCGUGAAACUGUCAGCGAGGAAUCUGACCAAAUGUGCCUAUCGAAAUCGCCCAACAAGCACAACAGAUUGUUCAUGAAAGCCCAACCUAUGCCUGACGGUCUCGCCGAAGACAUCGACGAGGGCAAAGUUAACCCGAGAGACGAUUUCAAAGUCCGUGCCAGGUAUCUGUCUGAGAAAUAUGACUACGAUCUAACUGAGGCCCGUAAAAUCUGGUGCUUCGGACCCGACGGUACCGGCCCUAACAUUCUUGUGGAUUGUACUAAGGGAGUUCAGUACUUGAACGAAAUCAAGGAUUCUGUAGUGGCCGGUUUCCAAUGGGCGACCAAAGAAGGUGUUCUGUGCGAAGAGAACUGUCGUGCUGUUCGUUUCAAUAUUUACGAUGUCACCCUGCACGCUGACGCCAUCCACAGAGGUGGCGGUCAAAUCAUCCCCACCACCAGAAGGUGUCUGUACGCUUGUCUGUUGACGGCGCAACCUAGAUUGAUGGAGCCCAUAUACAAGUGUGAAAUUAUGUGUCCUGAAGUAGCGGUGGGAGGCAUCUACGGCGUACUGAAUCGUCGUCGUGGACACGUGUUCGAGGAAUCCCAGGUGGCUGGUACACCUAUGUUCAUCGUGAAAGCGUACCUCCCAGUAAACGAAUCAUUCGGAUUCACCGCCGAUCUCAGAUCCAACACCGGAGGUCAGGCCUUCCCUCAGUCUGUCUUCGAUCAUUGGCAGAUCUUCCCUGGCAAUCCCAUGGAGCUUGGAUCAAGAACAUACACCAUCGUACAGGAUACACGUAAAAGGAAGGGUUUGAAAGAAGGUCUCCCAGAUUUACAACAAUAUCUGGAUAAACUGUAAACGGAAAAAACUAGGUUAUGUACAGAUAUUUAAUAUUAUUAAAUCCAAAUUUCCGAUAAAAUUCGACCAUUUUUUCCUAUAAUUUGCCGCGUAAUUCUUGUAAACCGACCUCAAAACAUUGAACAAAAAUAGGUAAUUAUUUGAUAUACUCACUAUAAUUUAACAUGGGCAUCUUAUUUGGAAAUCAGUUAAACCUUAUGCCUUACCUUAAUAAACCUAAAUGCACUCAUAAUUCAGGGGCGGCUGGCCCUUAAGUUCUGCAGAACUGCCAAAACUUUUGUCUUAACAGAAAAAAGCAGUAGUAAUUUGAUCAUUAUUUGUUUUCCAUGUUAUCGCACAAAUAGAAACAAUACCGGCAACGCUGCCGCCGCAAGACACGGCGUCGAGUUUGUUUUGUAAAAUCGACCAAUUGUGUACUUGUCAGCGUAAUAUUAUUCAUGGGCCACUUGAAAAGG